CUUGUGAAUUGUGAUCGCCAUCGACGCCAUUACAAUUAUUUUGCCGUUUUGCGAGUUUUGCGUAUGUAAGUGCCAUAAUCCACAAUGAAUAAAGAAAACAUAAACCAAUUAAUGGUUUUGCAGAUACCGGAUGAUCUAACACUUACGGAUGUGCAUAUUCCAGAUGGUAGCCCUAGCCCUUGUACUUCAUCAAGUACAAUAAGUGUUGCUAAUAGUGCUGAGGGGUCAGCAAGUUCUAAUUUCAGCAACAUUUCGGAAGAAUUUGUAAUAGUGCCCACGGAAAACAGAUCAAUUUCAUUUUAUGGAGCGGAAAACAUAUGGACGCAAGAUUAUGAGAAGCAGUUUCCAGAGUUCGACCUUAAAACACUUUUACAUGUAGUACCACAUGGUGGGAAAAUUCUCAGUUUUUAUUCCGAAAAUAAGCGAUUGACAGAGUCGUUGAGGAACAAAUUGGUCGACUUAAUUAUAACUCACGUCUAUUCAUAUAUUUUAAAACACCGGUUGACACAUGCCCAAUAUAACAUCUUAUGCUCUAAAAUUAUCGGCCUUUUCCCCAACGAGAGCCCGCAAACCUAUUAUUAUUCAGGGAAACGAAUAAAUAAUUUGGCAGUUCCAGCAAAAGGCAAGUUGGUUAACAAAGCCCAUAAUAUUUUACAUCAAAGUCCUGACAAGGUGUAUGUCAGAAAAAGGAAAAUUCCCCACAACGAAUUUGAAGUUUUAAAAAAGAGGACCAUUAACAAAGAAGAAAGUGAUGCCGUCACAUGGCUCAAACACCAUAGGGAACCGUGGGAUGAAGUCCUUCAGUACUGGAAGUCGACAUUUAAAUUAAGACAGGAGGCGGACCACGUCAAAGUGUCUGACUUAUUGGUUUCUUGGCCUAUCUUAUCCGACCCUAGAGGCACUUCUUUGAUUGAUUCUGACUUUUCAACUUUGUAUCCACACAUUGAGCUGUCAAUUUUACAGAAUUGGGACUUAUUUUUUGAAAAAAUUUUAGCUCUAAGAAAAAAGGAAAUUGAUGAGACUAGAGACCCGCUUCUACAGGAUAUAAUUGAAAGACUCAAAUCAAAAGAAACUCUUACAGCGGACUCCAUAGUAGCAUUACAAAUUGUUUCGCUUCCACACAUAUUUCCACCAAAGGGGCGUUCUAGAUCGGGUAAAGAGCACUGGAAGUACACUACUAACGAAUCUGUGGAAGGCAUCAUCGUUCAUGCUACCACACCUGGCGAUAUAGAGAGAAAAGUGCAAACUCAACUGGAGAAAGCAGCUAGCCGAAAAAUACAUAAGGAAGUACAACCAUAUUUAAUAGUAGAGGGUCCACAGCUCAGCGACAUAAGAAAUACGUACGUUGUUAUUGAUAAGAUCCAUUUUCAUGCCGAAAGCACUCUCAAAGGGUUUGAUAUUUUAUUUAAAAGUUUUUUCGCCUUAAAUAUUAACUAUCCAGUCCAAAGCGAACAUAUAUGGUAUGCUAUUCAGAGCAUUUUUUUCAAUAUUCCUGUUCCGGAUAAUAAAAUUACAGGAAACAUUACAGACCUUAUAAAAAUUCAUUUAAAUGAUUAA